AUGCCACACUCAAAAUAUUGGUUGGAUCGUAUUGCAUCCUUGGAUCAUCAAAAUUCUCAAGAUUCCCAAAUCGAACCUCCCAUUACUCCAAAAGCUUUCAGGUUCCAUGCUUUCGUGAAGGUUGCAAAUUCUCCUUUCACAGACAGUGGAGCUGAUCAACUGUUGUUCUCCUUCUACUUGAAGCACAUGAAGCCCCGAUAUGAAACUUGGAGUGCGCACAAGAUAGUUGUCGUGAAGGUCACUAGGCCAAUCGAGACUGAAAGCUUCCCCAGUGUGAAGUUCAAAGUAGUGAGAGAUGUUGAUGAGAGAGAGAAAGAGAAGUCCGAACCUGUUAUGUCCUAUCUCCAACUAAUGCUCAAUUCUUAUAUUCAAGAAGUUGGAUUGAUGGAUGUGGAUAUUGUUGCGGUUCUAAAGAAGAAGCCGACUGUCGUUCCUAAGGAAGCUCUGAAAGACUUCGAGAAAUUAAAGCCAGGGAAGAUAUACGAUGAUGGAUGGUUCGUAGUGUACCAGUCUCGAGAAUGA